AUGGAUACUAAGUAUAAACUAAUAAUAGAGCUACCAAAGAAAACUGAUCUAAAUAAAAUCUCUGAUCUCUUUGUAAAAAAUUCAAGUUUUAAUCAAACUGUCACAUCUGAUACCCCUAUAUACAAUAAUAGUAAUAAGUCGACUCAGGAUUGGAGAGAAGGCGACAUCAAUAUACAGACCAUAACAAUACCAAUGUAUUCCUCGGAAGACGCAGAUUCGGUAGUAUCAAAAUAUUUAGGUCAUGGGAUAAUUAAAUUAUUUAAAUUGGAAAACACUGCUAGUAGCAAUGAGGAGGACGAGCUUAUUAUACCAGGGGACGACACUAUGGUCAGCAUAUUGUUUAUCCCGACAUACUUCACCGUGCAUGACUUAUUGCACUUCUAUAUAGGUGACGAAAUUAUUAAUAAUCAAAUAACAAAUUUUAGAAUAUUGAAAAAUGUAGAUGGAACAGUGGGUUUAAAUUUCAUGGUUUUAAUGAAAUUUAAGGAUUCGAUUAAUGCAAGAUUGUUUAAAGAGAAUUUUAAUGGCAAGAGUUUUAGUAAAGUCGAUCCUGAAAAAUGCUAUGUCGUAUCGAUCAAAGAAAUAGUAUUUAGAAAUGGUUUGUUCGGCACGGCAACAGAAUCUGUUGCCAUCACUGACACGGACACUAAUACAAAUAUUCCAUAUCUGGUAAGGGACCCAUUUACUAUGAAUGGUUAUAAUGAUAACGAGAUCGAAUUGCCUACUUGUCCCGUAUGUCUAGAGAGAAUGGAUUCACAGACUACAGGUCUGAUCACGAUUCCUUGUCAACACACAUUCCAUUGUCAAUGUUUGGAUAAAUGGAAGAACUCGAGAUGUCCCGUCUGUAGGUUCUCCAGUUUUAGAUUGAGUAGGGAUUCGUUAUUGAAGCAGAUGGGGGACUCCCCACAAUGUGCCAUUUGUAACUCUAAAGAUAAUCUUUGGGCAUGUUUGGUGUGCGGGAACAUUGGGUGUGGGAGGUACAACUCAAAACAUGCCAUUCAACAUUUUGAGACAACAUCUCAUUGUUUCGCAAUGGAUAUUAAGACGCAAAGGGUAUGGGAUUAUGCGGGGGAUAACUAUGUCCAUAGAUUAGUGCAGAAUGAAGUCGAUGGGAAGUUAGUCGAGGUCGCUUUGAAUAUGGAUCAUCAUCAGUCGGUUUCAGCUUCUUCGAAUCGAGGGGAUGGCAAUACUACUGGGGUGGAUCCGUUGUCGUCAUCAUCGGUUGAAAAGGAUAGUGAUAUGCUGACUGAUUUUAUGAGACAGAAGGAGUACCAUUUGGAGUAUGUUCAAGUGUUGGUCUCCCAACUUGAAUCCCAACGUGAAUAUUAUGAAGAAAAACUGAAAGAAAAUUCUACUGAGGAAAAUAUCACCAAAUUGAAAGAAAAACUUUCUGAGUUAUCUACAAAUCUACAGGAUGAACAACGACUCAGAUUAGAAAAGGAGGUUCGUGUUAAGGAUAAAAAUGUAGAAAAUGAUCUAAUUGUACAAGGGUUACAACAAAAUUUAGAUGGACAAACCAAACAGAAUGAACAAUUCGCUAAAGAUAUUGCUAAAUUGAAAGCAGAAAAAACCGAUUUGGAGGAUCAAGUUAAAGAUCUUAUGUUCUACCUUGAGACUCAAGAGAAAUUCAAAGAUGCUACAGAAGAAGAAAGAAAUGGAUCACUUAUAAUUAAGAACCCAGCAGGCUCUGCCACCAACAAGAAGAAGAAGAAGAAGAAAAAGAAGGUCAAGAUACCAACUUUAGAAGAGAUAGGUCAAAAGUAA